CUUGGUUUGAUCUUCUUUUUCUUCUUUUCUUUUGUAAAUAACUCAUUGUUCGUGUUUGCCCAUUAUUUUUCAGGAAGAGAUAAACGACUGAUUGACAGGCUGUCAGAUGAAGCACAAAUCAAGAUGACUUUGGCGAGUUCAGCUUUUAAAUCUGUGACAGAAAAGUUCCUCAGUGGAGAAAUCCAAAUGAAAACUUUACACCAAAUCUCCCUGAAAAAACAAGAGUUUGUUGACUUGCUAAAGAUUGAUGGACUCUGUGAUGAUGAUCGCUGCAAAGAUGAAAGAAACAUGAAACAAUUACUGAAACGAAGAACCGAUGAAGCAGAAGCUAUCCAAAGUGAAAAGGAGCUGGUCAAGAGUCUUCUCCAUAUCUGCCAGGAGCUUCCACAACGUGUCAAAGUUGACUUCAAGGGCUUGGACGAAAAACUUCGACAGAACAUUGAGAUGAUGAAUCUCAAUGAGUUAAUGGACGUUCACACUUUUGAUGGACAGAACCCAUCUAAAAUUGAGGUUACUUAUUUCAACCUGUGUGAUAGCACCCGUCAAAUGGCUUCAGAAUUGGAUGUCAUUAAAGACAGUACAAUCUUCAAAUUGUGCUGGACAAAUCAAGUGGAAGAUCUGACAGAAGACCCUGAACAUCUGAAUGAAAAUGAAGAAAUUUACACUCUCGACAUGGUCUACAGCAAAAUAUUCAAGAGCAGCUUCAGCGAGUACAAAGCUCUUUAUGAUGGUCUGAAGAGCGGGGAACUGUUACUGGAGCAAAUAGACAGCAUUUUGGAGGUCUAUAAAAGCAAUUAUGAAGAUUUGCAGAAAGAUUUUAACAUCAUGUGCAGAAUAGAUCAAUCUGAUGACAGAAAGUGGAUCAAAACAAGGGCUCACCAGAUUGAACAGUACAGUGAUCUUCAUCUUGCAAUGGAGUCUGCCCAGAUCAUCAUUGGUAUCAGGGAUGCAGUGUGUCCAGAAGGAGACUUCAAAUUGCUUGAGAAACUGCUGCAAAUGAAUCAAGCAGACUUCAAGAAAAACAGUCUGAACUGCAUCGAUGACAACUUCAUAGAAGCAAAAAAGAUGUUGAAUGACAUUACAAGUGAUCGCAAGGAAUGUCUUCAGGAACUUCAUCUAAGCCAAAAGUUUGUCCAGUGGGCAAAAAAAGAACUUGAAGAUAUCAAUGAACUGAAAGUUUUUGUUGACCUUGCAUCCAUCUAUGCUGGAGAAAAUGAUAUGGAGGUGGAUCGAGUGGCCUGUUUUCAUGAUGCUGUUCUUGGUUACUCGUCCAUGUUGUAUGGACUGAAGGAGGAUUCUGACUUUGCUGCCUUCAAGGAGUCCCUGUCAAAACUGUGGAAGGCAUUUGAAAAUGAUAAAGAGAUACCAAGAAAAUUGCGGGAUACAUCACGCUAUCUGGAAUGGUUGAAGACUGUAAGGGAAAGCCAUGGAUCUGUUGAAUUUUCAUCUCUGUCCUUGGCUACAUCCAUCAAUGAGAAAGGAGUGUACAUCAUCAAAGCCCAGAAUGAGAAAAGGCUCACUUUAGAGAGUUCCCUCAUGCUGCAAAUUCAGGAUGGACUUGAGAUAAAUAUGACAUGCACCUAUGAGGACCUGAAAGAGUUACAAAAUAAGCUUAUGCUUAUGUCCGGAAGAGGGGAACAAAAUCAAAGUGAAGUGGAAUUCUUUGCUGAGGUGUUUGACAAUGUCCAAAGACUUGCCAGAGCUUUUGUAGACCUUUAUGCUGCAGGGAACCCACUCUUCAAGUGUUGGGAAGCUAAAAUGUAUUGCAAAAGUCAGAAUGACCCAUGUAUCACAUUGGAACUCAACUUUUGCAAGACCCUAUAUCACAUCCAAGUAUUUGGAAAUCUAGUUGAACAACUUGCAGAAGUGUCCCAGAAGAUGGAGUUAUUUCUUGAUGACUGGAGAAACUUCAUGGACACACAAAGAUCUGACCACUACUACUUAAACUUUUUCACAGCAGAACAGAUAUUCUACCUGUGCAGCGUUGUGACUCAGAGCAACGUUGAUGUAGAAAUAGAGGAUAACGCUUUGAUGAUGCUGUCUUUCAUCAAACCAAACUGCACAACUUCAGAUGUCUGGGGAACAUGGAAAAAGUUUCAAGACCAAUUUGAGCCUGGCAAAAGGAUGAAUGACGAUAUUCCCUUUAAAAGUCACUUUCGUCCCCCUGAUGACAAUCACAUGUCCUCAGCCAAUGCGAGUCAUUUAACAGCAGAUGAUUCAGCAGGUGCUGCAGUCCAGGCUGCUGGUUUGAAAGAACUGGAAGACUUGUGGAAUGACUACAUGGAGAAUAAGGGAAUAUUGUUCCAUGACCUUUUGGACAUAAGGAGUCUAGGCUGUCUGUUAAAAAUGAUGACCGCCUCAGAAAUUCAAAAUGAAAAUGAAUGGGAACAACCAUUGCUUUCAGAGAUGCAAGACAGCUCACUCAGAAGAAGCCUCCCAAAAGGCCUUAUCUCAAACCAGCCAAAUCUCAUCAUCUGCCCUCAUGAUGAUGUCCUGACUUCAUGUAUCUGCUUGUACAUGACUAGUGAGUAUGAACCACUGCCAAGUUAUGAUGAGGUUCUCUUGUGCACUCCGGAAACAUCUCAUGAACAAGUAGAGCUUUUCCUGAGGAGAUGUCUCACACCAGGUGACAUUGGCCAGAAGAUUUAUACAAUGCUUUGGGCAGAUCAACUCACCUAUGAUGUAAGCUGUGCAAUGGAGAAGUGUCUUCAGAAUCUACAGUCCCUUUUUAGACUUGAGUCCAGGCUGGUGAUUAUUUGCAGCUCUGACAGGGAGCACACUUACAUUCCUACUGCAUUCAGUCAGUUUAAAAGAGACUUUGUGCCCCAAGAGCCACUGGAAAGGAUCCAAAAGUACCUGUCUAGGCAUUACACUGUGCCCUCGGAUCACAAGAAUGCUUUUUUCAAAGGUGACCAUUCUGUUGGCAUUGUUGCAUCCCAACGUGCAGGAGUAGGCAAGUCAUUGUAUGUCCAAAGACUGUAUGAAAAGCUGGAGGGAAGUGUUGAAAAAGGAACUGCAUUUAAGAAGUGCAUCCGAGUAACUGAGCGUGAGGUUAAUGAACACAAGGUCCUCCAGUCUUUGUAUGACACACCAAAAGGAGAAGAUCUCAGGAUGUUUCACUUUGAUAUUACAUCCUCGGUGAAAAAAGGCUUGAAUGAAUUUCUAUUCAAGCUUUUCUUUUUGCGGUACCUGAUGGAUUCAGAUGGACAGAUGUGGCGCUGCAGUCACAAACACUUGUACAUUGUUGAGUUACUGGAAGCCACAAAUCUUCAGCCAAGAUAUGCAUCCAAAUCUGGACGAAAAGAAAACUUUGCAUUCUGGGACAUUUUCCCUAAGGUGAUUUGUCGUUCACCAAAGGAGGUAAUGGCUUUGGAAAUGAAAGAAGAGAAAAACACUGACAAGAUGAGUGAAGACCCCCUCAUGGAUGAUGAAUUUUUCAGGAGUGAAGUUUAUCAAAGACCAUAUCAAUACCUCACACGUUUUCACAACAAAAACAAUCUCGACAAUUUCACUUACCAUGGCAUUGAAGGGACUCAGGCAGAGUGUCUUCAGAUACUCUUAAUCUACUGUGGCAUUAUAGAUCCAUCUUGGGCAGAGCUACGUAACUUUGUCUGGUUCUUAAAUCUUCAGUUGAAAGACUGUGAGAAUUCAGAUUUCUGCAAACUCGAGUUUGUUGGAGACACUCUUCAAGGGUUCAAAAACUUUGUAGUUGAGUGCAUGAUAUUGAUGUCCAAAGACUUUGCAACCCCAUCACUAUGCAUCACUGACCAGAGCCCUGGGUGUCAACAAACUGACAUCAGUGGCCUUAAUGAAGAAGAUUUAGCUCCAUUCCUCAUCCGAAAAAGGUGGGAGUCCGAGCCGCAUCCAUACAUCUUUUUUAAUGAUGACCACAUGUCCAUGACUUUCAUUGGAUUUCACGUGGAGCGCAAUGACCAGAAGGGGGUAGAUGCCUUAAACCCAUUGACAGGAAAAGUGAUCAAAAGAAACAUCAUGUCUAAAGAGUUGUACGCUGGCUUAAGACAUCAGGGAGUCCCUUUUAAUAGGGACUUUGAUCAGCUUCCUCGAGCUGACAAGAUUGAGCAGCUGUGCAGUGUGCUUGGCAUCGAAAGGCCAACAGAUCCUGAUGAAACAUAUGAACUUACAACCGAUAACAUUCUGAAAAUGAUGGCAAUUCAUAUGAGAUUUAGGUGUGGCAUUCCAGUCAUCAUAAUGGGUGAGACUGGAUGUGGCAAGACGAGGCUAGUGAAGUUCAUGUGUGAGUUGAGAAAGUGUGCAGCACAAGCAGAGAACAUGAAACUGGUCAAGAUUCAUGGAGGGACAACCCCAGAAAUGAUAUAUGAGAAGGUGAAGGAAGCAGAAACUCUUGCAAGGAUCAACAAAGAGAAUCAUGAUUUGGACUCGGUUCUUUUCUUUGAUGAGGCAAACACCACAGAAGCUAUCAGCAGCAUCAAAGAGAUCCUUUGCGAUAACACUGUGCAAGGACAACAGCUUUGCUCUGAAACAGGACUACAUAUUGUUGCUGCAUGCAACCCCUACAGGAAGCAUACAGACAAGAUGAUUGAAAGGCUGGAGGCUUCUGGCUUGGGCUACAGGGUGAGGGCUGAGGAAACUGAGGACAGACUUGGCUCAAUCCCUCUCCGCCAGCUCGUGUAUCGUGUUCAUGCGUUACCCCCCAGUAUGAUUCCUCUUGUUUGGGACUUUGGACAGCUUAACGACUCAACAGAGCAAAUGUACAUCGAACAAAUAGUGCAAAGACAGACAAAGGCCAACUUGGUUGAAAAGAGUUAUAUUCAGACAAUAACUAAGGUUUUGUCAGCAUCACAAAAGUUCAUGAGAGAGAGGAAAGAUGAAUGCAGCUUUGUCAGUUUGAGAGAUGUGGAACGGUGCAUGCAGGUGUUUGUGUGGUUCCAUAAAAAUCACCCAAUGCUUGCAGAAGAACUGAACUCAUUUCGUCAAAAGCAAAGUGAGAGGGAGCAAAACAAAAUCAGGUUUUCACCUGCUAGUGACAGAGUUAUCUGGUCACUCUUGAUGGCCACUGGAGUGUGCUAUCAGGCCUGCUUGGAGGAAAAAUUGCCAUAUCUGCAAACUAUCAGCCAGGGGCUCCCCCGUGGCUAUAGCAAAGAGAGAGUACUCAAGGAAAUCCAACUCAUGCAUGACCUCCUACUCAAUGGUGUACCCAUGGGCAAGACAAUAGCCAGAAAUGAGGCUUUGAAAGAAAAUUUCUUCAUGAUGGUAAUCUGUGUUGAGCUAAGAAUUCCCUUGUUUAUUGUUGGGAAACCUGGGAGCUCAAAAUCACUGUCCAAAACCCUUGUUGCCGAUGCAAUGCAGGGCCCUUCCUCACACUCUGAACUUUACAAGAGGCUAAAGCAGAUACAUCUGGUGUCUUUCCAGUGCAGCCCUCAUUCUACUCCUGAAGGAAUCAUCAACACAUUCAAGCAAUGUGCCCGCUUUCAGGAAAACAAAAAGUUGGAUGAAUACAUCUCAGUAGUUGUACUUGAUGAGAUUGGAUUGGCCGAAGAUUCCAGUAAAAUGCCUCUAAAAACACUCCACCCAUUACUGGAAGAGGGUUGUGUGGAUGAUGAGCCACAACCUCAUAAAAGGGUUGGGUUCAUCGGAAUUUCGAACUGGGCAUUGGACCCUGCGAAGAUGAAUCGUGGAAUAUUUGUGUCCCGUGGGGAUCCAAACCAAAAAGAGCUAAUCAAGAGUGCUGAAGGGAUAUGCGCAUCUGAAAAGAAGAUCCUGGACACCAUCAAACCCCUCUUUGAGCCAUUCGCAAAAGCAUAUGGGACCAUAUGCCAACAAGGGAAGGGCUUUUUUGGUCUGCGGGACUUCUACAGUCUCAUUAAGAUGAUAUUUUCUAUUACUAAACACAGUAAUGAGAAACCUACCAGAGAUGAAAUCACUGGAGCCGUCCUGAGAAACUUCAGUGGAAAAGAUGAUGUUGAUGUGAUGGGCAUAUUUAGCACAGAACUCAGAGAAGACUUUGCCAAUACCUGCAUCUCCACCAAAAAUUUGGUCAAUCAAAUCAUAUCUCCAGCUGGCCAAGUUGAUGAAAGUCGUUACCUCUUGAUCCUCACAAAAAACUAUGCUGCUCUUCAGAUUCUCGAACAGAUAUUCUUCACAAACCAAAUCCAUCCAGAGAUUAUCUUUGGGUCCAGUUUCCCAAAAGAUCAGGAGUACACACAGAUUUGUAGGAACAUCAAUCGUGUCAAAGUUUGCAUGGAGACUGGACAGACAGUUGUGCUUCUCAACCUUCAGAAUCUGUACGAAAGUCUGUAUGAUGCACUCAACCAAUACUAUGUGACCUUUGGAGGUCAAAAGUAUGUUGAUCUUGGAUUAGGAACACAUCGUGUGAAAUGUAGAGUUCACAAAAACUUCAGGCUCAUUGUCAUUGAAGAGAAAGAGGUGGUAUAUGAGCAGUUCCCCAUCCCACUGAUCAACAGGCUGGAGAAACACUACCUUGACAUCAACACUGUCCUCAGAGAUGAGCAGAAGGACAUUGUCCAAAAACUACAGAAAUGGGUUGAUGAUUUUGUGUCCUUAACUAGUCAACACCAUACAAUGAAGCAGUAUGUUCCAAGUGACGUCUUCAUUGGUUACCACUCAGACACAUGCUCCUCUGUGGUCCUUCAAGUAACAGAGACUCACAGUGACGAAACAGAUGCUCAGAUCAUUCUGGACAAAGCCAAAGAAAUUUUGCUCAACUGUGCCACUCCAGACUCAGUUAUCCGUUUGGACAAAUCCAGGCUGCCUGAUGAGGAAAGAGAACAUUUGAUGAAAGAAUAUGUUAAAGAGGAGAUGCACAGUUCAUUUGGAGACUACAUCGUCUACCACAGAAAGGAACUGGCACAGUCCCGCUUUUUCUUCACCGAGGUCACAACAUUUUCCAGGCUUUUGACUGCAGCAGACACACAAAAACUGCAAAGUACUAUAAUGCUUGACAAUAUCCGUCUGCUAUCACUGCAGCAGUUUGACACAGAGUACUCUUUUCUCAAGAAAAUCAGGGAAUGCCUUGGCUCAACACCUGCAGACAGAGUACUCAUUAUCCAAACAGACUAUGAGGAAGACUCCCACAAGAGGAAUGUUUUUUCCUCAGCCAAGUAUGCAUGCGUCAAUGAAAUAAACAAGUGGGCCACUGCAGACAACACCAAGCCACUUGUUUACUUUGUCACCAAACUCCCUCGAAUCGAGGGUGGUACUUCAUUUGUUGGGUUUCAAGGAGGUCCUUGGAGGUCUGUGCACAUUGAUGAUCUGAGAAGAUCAAAAGAGUUUGUGACUGAUGUAAACUGCUUGAAAAAGCUUUGCAUGAGUGAGAUUUUUGAAGAUCCACCUGAGGCCAUGGAUGCAGAAGACCAUAAUGGUGUUCCACAAAACAAUGACUCCACUGUUUUGGAAGGUUUGCUUGAUAUCCCAAAUCUGCUGAGGAGCUGUGUCCAGAGUGCAGUGAGCAUGCUAAGAGAUUCAACGGACAAUGCGAAGCUCAGCACAAAGCGAGUGGAGAGCUUGCUCACACUUCUGGAUGAAAGUCAGACACAAGGUGUGUUCACAAACAUUGUAAGGAAGUGUAUCCACUCACUGUUGGAAGACUAUGAGGCCAACAUCCCUAAUCCUAAAAGCUGGGUGCUGAGGGAGGCUUCUAAUGUCAGCGCUCUUCAAGAGGGAGGAACAUUCUUGCAUACGCUGUGGAGGAAAAUACAAGCAGUUGUCGCACCACUGCUAGCAAACUUGGUCUCAGUCAUUGACCGAGAUUGCAAUUUGCAGCUUUUGCUGAAAGGAUGUGAUGAACUUAAAGGCCUAUGGCUCGAGAUUUUUGGGAACCCAAAUAUGCUCCUUGUACCUUAUGUGAGAGUGGAAAGCAACUCCAGUGUGAUAAUGGUACAAAGCCAUAUCACAGGCGGAAACACCAUGUGCUGCCGUUUGCCGUUCAGCUGGUGGAUCAAAGAGUUCCUGGAAGGGCUCAUGAUGCAAACAUCCAGACAUAAAAAUCAUUCUCCAGGUAGAUUCCUAGAGGUUUUCUUAAACACUCCUCUUGGCAGGUACUUGAAUGAAAAUGUCAAUGAGAACAUGAGGAAAGAAUUCUUUGAAAGGUACCUACAGGAUUUUGUUGCAAUGACUUUCAAAGUGGCAUCAGAUGAAGAAUUACAGCUCAUGUGUCAGGCCCUGGCCAGCUGCGUUGAUGAAGUAAAGAGACGAAAAAGAGACGAAGAUGAGCUUUCUCUUCCUCUUGUCCACAUUGCCCACCAUUUCUUCCAAAGGCGUCUUCAGAACCUCUCACGGAUGUUUGCUCUUCAGCCUGAUGUUUUGACUCCUUUGAGAAAAAACCAGCACAUUGGAAACUGUCAAGAGAUGGUUUUGGAUGUGCAUGCAGCCCAGGCGUGUGUUGAAUGUCUGGGGUCUCCUAAAGUUGAUACUGAUGCUCUCUGCCAGGACUGGCUUAAGCAGGUCAAGAGUCUGCAAGCAUCUUUAGAGAUGAUUUGUUCCCACAUUCACACCAAACUGUAUGGACAAAGAUGCAAAGAAAUACUCCAGGCUGUCAGUAAUGGCUGGAAGCGCAUUCACAUACUCUCGUUGUUUGCGGAGCACAUGCUGCUGGGUUUCCAUAAUGAUGAGAAUCAGAUCAGAGUUCUUGUCCAGAGUCACAUCCAGACCUUAAGCAGGGUUCUGGAUAGAGACUCCGAUGUUAAACAAAUGAGCGCUUUUAGGGCAGUAAUUCAAGUACUAACAUCCUGCGAGAAGAGCGCAAGUGAUCUUUUUUUCAGGUUUGGACUUCAGUGUCGGGUGUGUAUGAGGAAGCCUCAGGACCCUGUGGGACUGCCAUGCCAUCACAUCUACUGCUUAACAUGCAUCAGAGCAAGUCUGGAUGCAGGAAAGACAGCAUGUCCCACGUGCAGACAGGAGUUACCAAAUGACUUUCAGCCACAUGUCUCAGAGGAAAUCCGGGUGACUGUCAAGAAACAUGCAGAAUUCAGGCGGCGUUGCAACGGUUUCUUCAUUGAUUUGCUCUCCACUGUAUGCUUCAAGGACAACUCGCCACCAGCCAGGGACGUCAUCAAGCACCUAUUGUCCUACCUUAUGGUUGAGACAGAAAACAGAGAGAUUCACACCAAAGAUUUGUCGCCCUUUGAUGAGUCUCCUGAUAAGAACCCAGUCGUUCGAUCUGUGAUCCUCAAGCUGCUGCUCAAGUUCAGCUUUGAUGAAGUCAAGGAAUAUUUGCAGCAGCAUUUGUCAUCUAUAGAGGACAGCAGGUUUGUGCAUGAGGAGGAUACAGCAGAACUUUACGCCCUGUACAUCAACUGCUUGGAGGACUCCAUGUGGGAGAGAAUGCCUCAGGAAGGCAACAAAACUGAAGAGUUGGCGCCUUUUGCCGAUGAUGAAACAAAAUUCCUGCGCUCCUUUUUGGAUGAUGUCACAUCUGUUCCAGAAACAGUGUCAAUUCAACAUCUCCAACACAUUGCAGGAUUGCGUGUGUGCCUCACCUUGGCUGCCCAGAUCAUCAGUGACAAUCUGUCUGAAAAUGAUGUCCCAGACGGAGCUGAAGAUUUCCUGAAUACGGUGAUUAAGCUCUGUGAGGACAGUGGGAAUGAUUGGUACCGUGUUUAUCUGAUCCGCAAGCUCAGUCGAAAGCAUGGGGUCGAGUUUGUUCAGGCACUGGUGAAAAAACCAAAGUUCACCUGGCUUUUUCCUGCAGAGAUCCAUCAACAGAAUGAAGAUGGAGGCCAGAUGGACCAGUAUCUUUUGUAUGGAGAGGAGUACAAGGCGGUGAGGGAUGCUGUUGCCAUGGCAGUAGUGGGUGGUGAAGUAGAGCAGAUUGAAGAAGUCUGUGAGAAAUGCACUGCACCACCAAGGAAUCGAACAAUGUUCAUCCUCCUGGCACUUUUCCGAGAGGUCACAACUCUGUACAGGUCUGCAAAUACAGGACUUCACCUGACCCCUGAGCGAAGACAAGUAUUUGAAGAGUUCAUCCAGGGCUCAAGAUAUCUGCAUCAAGAAGAAUUGAGGACCUUUGCCUCAGCCUUGGUUGACAACAGGUUGGGAGCCCUGACCAUGAACCCUGACCAUCCUAUUACACACAACACUGUCAUCGAGCUGACUAUUCAUCUAGAGGUUGUUCUGCUCACUGGGACUCAGCCUCUGUUGAUGCCACUCAAGCAGCUCGGCCUGUUUCCUGAAAAUAUGCAGGAGGCAUUUAUACCCACAAUGCCUGAUGACAUGUUAGCUGCUGCUCGCACAGUAUUUGAAAAUACAGAAGGGAGAUAUACUUGGUAUGUGUGUCCAAAUAAUCAUCCAUGCGUUGUUGACGAGUGUGGUCUGCCCAUGCAGAAGGGCAUCUGUCUGGAAUGUCGCCAAGAGAUUGGAGGGGCCAAACAUGUAGCUCUGCCCGGAUUCAGAAAAACACAGCUGCAGCAGGAUCAGACAAGACCUGGACACAUCCUAGGGGACCCUGAGCAGAGAAACAACCCCAAUGCUCUGGACACCAAAAACAUGUCUCUGGCUCCCUUUACUCUUGUCAGACUUGUUACACAUUUGCCGAUGUUGUUGGGAGCCUCAGAGAAGCCCCAGUUUGUCCAGAACAUCAUCCAGCCACCUGUUGAGGAUGUUUGUCAGUUUCUUACUCUGCACAUAUUAAAGGAUCUGGAACAGCUGUCCCAGACACUGGGAAGGGGCGCUGACGACACUGUUACAACUGUCCACCUAGUGCUUAGAUCUCUGCAAGAGCUAAUGCAGACCAGUCACUCUGAUACUGAUCUUCACCUGUCAACUAAAGAAUCCAGAAACAACUGGGAGACUACUGUCGCUGCAGAAAUAAUGACACCCCGGUUGAGGGAUCUAGAUCUGCUCCUGCAAGAAGCAAAGGGGAGCAUCAGAACUGACUCCCGUGUUUCCUCCAACUUCAUCAUAAGAACAACUUUGGGGGAUGACUGCACCUUCCUCACAUCACUGGCUCAGUGCUCUCAAGUCCACAGCUCCGCUGUGUGGAGUUGCAGAGAUAGACUGUCGUUGCUCCGCCUCACACACAUUGUGGAGCAAAAUGACCAGAAGGAGGAUCUACCUCUUCUGUGGAGGUUCCUACAGAAGGAGAGAGAAUUUCGGCAGAUUAAGCAUCUUCCCAGCAUCCUUACCCUGCAGAAACACUUGGUGAGAAAGUUCCAGAACACAUCAGAUCAAAUAGGGGGCUCAAUCGGAGAUUUCAUCAAGAAGCAAACAGAUUUAAGAGCAUGGUAUGAGAAACACAUCGACACCUUCCUGAAAGCUUGGAAUCUGCUUAGAGUGUCUGUAACAAGCAAUGAGAUGAAGAUACCUGAUGAAUUUAGCAGCCAUGACUUAAGCCUGGACAGCGACCUGCAGUACCUCCUGCCCCGGCAUCAGGGUCCAGGACUGUGUGCCACAGGGCUGGUCAGCUACCUGGUGUCACUACAAAACGAGCUGGUGAAUGCUGUGGAUACUCAGACUGGAGAGGACAACAGCAGUUACAGAGAGAGUGUGGCAGAGCUCACAGAGCAGCAUGUGAUCCACUACGAGGUGGACAAAGACCUGCUUCCUCUGAUAUUAUCCAACUGCCAGUACAGCUUGGAACGGGGCCAUGAGACAAUAUCACAAUAUGAUCUGCCCAGGAUCCAGCGGCAGAUCCUCACCCGCUUCCUGCAGGGAAAACCCCUCAUCACCCGCACAGGAAUUCCUACUCUGGUCAACACACAAGAGAGAGACUAUGACUCUAUUUUCAAAGCUGUUAAAGGAAAAGUGCAUCAGGACACUCUGUCCUCUCUGACCCGGAAUGCCUUGUCCAGAGAGCUGGAGUCCUACAGCGAGGUAUGUGAGGCACUCAAGAUCGUGGAGUUGCUUCUGGGUUUCCUCUCAAUGACAGGUGGUGAUCCCAUGAUGCCACUGGUCGCUUACCUGCAGGACGUCCUGAAAAUGGCCAACAACAUCGAUCAUCAAACAUUGAAGGCUCUGGGCAGAUGCACCCUCAGACAUUGUGUUUGUUUGUGGCAACUCCUCUCCUCCCUCAAAUCAGAAAAAAUGCUGCAGCGUCUCAAGAGGGAGCCAUUUUCGGGGUAUCCAACUGAAUACCAGAUGCAGCUGACUGAGGAAGAUAAGAUAGAGCUGAAGGGCUUCCUGUCCAGGGGCAUCGUGGACCAAUGGCUGCUUGAGAUGCACGAGUUCCUCCUGUUGAAUCUGGGCCGCCCAAGGGCCACUGAUGAUUACACACCAACCUGGGGUGUAAAGGAGACUGUGGCGGCUUACAUGGACGGUAAAAAGGUGGAGGUGCCUCUUUACGUGGAGGACAAGUUUCCUGAAAACCUGACGCUGUCCCAGAUUGUAGAGACCUGGAAAUACUCUGUCACAGCAAGGCAGGAGUUGCUUAUGGAGGGAUGAGGUGGAUGUGUUGUAGAAAUGUGAGAUUAUCAGGUUAAAUGUAAGAAAACCAAGUUUGAUUUGAUUUUGUUUUCAUUUUUUUCCGCCUUUAUUUGUUCCUGAUUUGUUGUGUGAAAGAUGAAUAUAUAGCGAAGGGUAUUCCAUUCUUGUAACUCCUUGAUCAAACAGUUUAUUACAUGUUAUCAUGAGCUAGCUGCUUAUUUACUGCCCUAUAUCAGUUUAUAAGAGAUCAUUCAUUUGUGUCUGAGCCUUACAUGAAGGAUCAGAACCUACUCAGCACAAAUUAACUAAGACUUUGAUAUUGAUUGUUUUUUUAUAUAUGUUUCAGGGUUAAUCAUUUUUUAAUAAUUUGGGAUUUGGGAUUUUUUUAACCUGCCAUAAUUCAACAGUUUUUGUAAACUUUACAAUAUUUGCUUUUUUUUGAUCAUGUUUCAUCACCCAUGCCAAAUCUUCUUUGAGUGAUUGCACCUGUCUAGUGAGUUUGGAGAAUCUGCCUAGUUGAACACAGCCGCGCUGCCUAAUGUCAAAACUUAAGAAGAACAAUACAGUCAAGCACAAGCUUCAUGUGCUAAUUCAGGCCCUAUAAUAUUUUAUUUUUAGAAUUUGCCGCCAGCCAUGGAGCUGAUGGCCAAUGGGUUAGGUUGUGCCUGCUAAAUGGAGGCUUCAGUCCUUCAAACAGGCAGCCCGGGUUCAAGUCCUACCUGUGUCUCCUUUCCUGCAUGUCACUCCCCACUCUCUUGUCCCAAUUUCCUACUCUGUCCACUGUUCUAUUAAAUAAGGGCUUAAAGCUAGAAAAAUGUAUCUAAAUUUUUUGGGUGCUGCAGGCCAAUAAAAAAAUGGAUCACGAGCUGCAGGUAACCUGCAAGGUCUUAUGUUUGGACACCCCUGUUGGAAAGAUAAACUGGAUAAGAAAUGUAAUCAUGCAGACUUUUCAUGUAUUCUGAUUUUCAUUCACAUUAAGUAUUCUCUCUUAGUUCAUAUGGAAUUUAUUGUGAUGCUUUUUAUUGAGUGUCUUUGAUAUAUCUGAUUUAUGUUUGUUUCCUCAGUCUGGUCAUGUUGGUCGUAGCAGUCUUAAAAUAACGGCCAUUAUUGUUGUCAUCAUUGCAGUAACCGCUGUGGUGUUUAAACGCCUGUAAGUGGACCCAUGCCUCAAUAAGGCUUUCAAGUUAAUAAAAUGAUGUCAGUUACAUAAUCAUUAUUGAGGUUUCUGAUUCCAUGAAGAACUUAAAGUGUAUAUCCUUUCACAACUGUACACCUUGAGGCAGUAACAAUAUUUUAUUUUAGUGGUAAGAUGAAGGAUAAUUAAAUUUGGUAAAGAUUACAUUUGAGUUCACUAAUCAAAAUACUGUAAUAGUGAACUAGUCUUGAUGCUGUUAAUGUAUUUAACAAGUU